AUGCCAGAACUCAUGAUGGAAACAGAUUACUUGCACUGGGAAUUACCAUUACCUGCCAUAUCCGUUUGCGAAGAAGAUAACAAGGAAGCAAUAGAAAAGUUCGUGCGGAGUUAUGAUAUUGAAGAAGAUGAGAUGAUAAAAGUCUCUUCCUUUCUGGAAAAUCUGGUCCAUCCUAGAGCUAAUUAUUGCAUCAGCUGCAUAGCCUCUUGCAACAGUUGUCCUAAACAAGGAUACUCAACUUUAUUGUCCAAGUUGUCUGCUUCAUGUGACGAUAUAUUCGUGGAAUGUAAAUGGCGAGGACAGGCUUUCAACUGCUGUCAGCAUUUCUAUCCCUUACUGACACCCUGGGGGCGCUGCUUUAGUCUCAACUCACGUCAAACAAAAUCCAUUGAACAAAUGCAACUAUUUACUGUCAAUCACAAUGAGAGAAACAAUAUACUAGAGAUGAAGUAUAAGAGGCCUGUCAAGCUACAUCUUCAUGAUCCGUAUGACAUUGACUUCUCAAAGCCAUUAGCAAACUCAAAACGUACACAAAACAUUGAAGGAAGUGUUACCAUGGGUCACAAAUUACAAGUCAUAUAUAAGUUUCGUAACAUAGAUAUUCAUCAGUCUGCAUGGGAACUGAAAAGAAAUCAGAGGGGAUUCUCUCAGCAUGUUUAG